AUGGCUGGUCCGUCCGCCCGUCGGCCACCUCGACGUUGCACAUCCACGCUGCACAAGCCCAAGCCCAGCUCGGUGGCGAGAAGCAGAGCAGCUGGCAUUGAGGCUGCAUCCUCACCUUCCUCCUCCUCCUUGGCCGAGAGCGCUGGCUACUCUCCCAGCACGAGCCUGACCAGGUCCGUCCGCCCGUCGGCCACCUCGACGUUGGACAUCAACGCCUCGGGCAGCGCCCGGUGGGCCAAGAGCUACGACGUCUGCAUCUGCCACAGCGAGGUGGACCUGGAGCUGGUGGAGGAGCUGGUGUCCUACCUGGAGGGCCAACCCGAAAGCUUCCGUUGCUUCCUCCAGCUGCGGGACGCUGUGCCGGGCAGAGCGGUGGUGACGGAACUGUGUGACGCCGUGCAAAACAGCCACUGCUGGGUCAUGCUCAUCACCCCCGGCUUCCUCCGGGAUCCUUGGUGCAAGUACCAGAUGCACCAGGCAUUGGCCGAAGCUCCGCUGGCCAACGGGCGCACCAUCCCGGUGCUGAAGGACUUGGAGCGGAAGGAUUAUCCCAGGGAGCUGCGGAACCUCUACUACAUCUACAUGGCGCUGAAGGAGAACUGCUUCCGGCAGAUCAGAGACACCGUCGUGCGCUACCUCCAGGAGCUGUGCCGGAGCGGGACGGAGUAG